UCCAAAGCGGCGGGUUUCCGCCCUUUCCACGGGUUCUGUGAGCAAAUCAAGGAGCAUCGACGAAGCAAACGAAACUCACGAACAGCGGCGUCGUGAACAUAUUGAACCCAGCGGUUGUUGGUUGGGGAGCACAAGGCAUGAAUUUGGCCAGCACCGGUGGAGGCGGUACCGGCACCUCAAGCAGCACCUCGCAAAGCAGCGGCGUAAGCGGUGGGGGUACCGGUCCUGCUGAUCGAAGUUUGUCGACCGCGGCGGCUGGUAGUAGUGGUGGUGGUGGUGGACAAAGCGCGAGUAGCAGUGUGAACAGCGCCGGCAGCGGUGGUGGUAGUUCCGGAAGCGAGAUGCCAGCCGAAAUCAUUCGACCGAAGGUUGUUACGGUGAAGCACCCGGAGUCGAACAAACCCAAACCCACCACUAAGAAGGGUAAAGCGAUCCAAGCGGAUGUGGAUGUGAUGAAGGAGUUCCAGCGCUGUAAGGAGGAGAACAUUCAACGCCUGGAUCUGAGCAAAUCGUCCAUCACGGUGAUACCGGCCUCGGUCAAGGACUGCACCACGCUUGUAGAGUUCUAUCUUUACGGGAAUAAGAUAUCGUCGCUUCCACCGGAAAUCGGGUGCCUGGCGAAUCUGAAGACACUGGCACUGAAUGAAAACUCGCUCACCUCUCUGCCGGAAUCGUUGCAAAAUCUGAAGCAACUCAAAGUGCUCGAUCUGCGACAUAACAAACUGUCGGAGAUCCCGGACGUGAUCUACAAGCUACACACACUGACCACGCUCUAUCUGCGCUUCAAUCGGAUCCGCGUCGUUGGCGACAAUCUGAAGAACCUUUGCAACUUGACUAUGCUAAGUCUGCGGGAGAAUAAAAUUCACGAACUACCGGCCGCCAUCGGCCAUCUGGUCAACCUCACCACGCUCGAUCUUUCGCACAAUCACUUGAAGCAUCUGCCAGAGGCGAUCGGUCAGUGCGUUAACCUAACUGCGCUCGAUUUGCAGCACAACGAUCUGCUCGACAUCCCGGAAACAAUUGGAAAUUUAGCGAAUCUGAUGCGUCUCGGACUUCGGUAUAAUCAGCUGACCUCAAUUCCGACAGCCCUCAAGAACUGUACCCACAUGGACGAGUUCAACGUAGAAGGUAAUGGCAUUAGCCAACUACCGGACGGGUUGCUGGCAAGCCUGAGCAACCUAACCACGAUCACGCUGUCGCGAAACGCGUUCCACAGCUACCCAUCAGGCGGGCCGGCUCAGUUCACCAACGUCACCAGUAUCAAUCUUGAGCACAACCAGAUCGAUAAGAUACAAUACGGCAUCUUUUCGCGCGCCAAAGGACUCACGAAGUUGAACAUGAAGGAGAACGCCCUAACGUCGCUGCCGCUAGACAUCGGCACUUGGACGCAGAUGGUGGAGCUAAACUUUGGCACGAACUCAUUGACCAAACUGCCCGACGACAUCCACUGCCUGCAGAGCCUCGAGAUACUGAUCCUGUCGAACAAUUUGCUAAAGCGCAUCCCGAACACGAUCGGCAAUCUAAAGAAGCUGCGUGUGCUGGACCUUGAAGAGAACCGUCUUGAAUCGUUGCCGUCCGAGAUAGGGCUGCUGCAUGAUCUUCAGAAGUUGAUCUUACAAUCGAACCAGCUCAGCUCUCUGCCGCGUACGAUCGGUCACCUAACAAGCCUCACCUACCUUUCGGUUGGGGAAAACAAUUUACAAUUUCUCCCGGAGGAGAUCGGAACGCUCGAGAACCUCGAAUCCCUGUAUAUCAACGAUAAUUCCUCGCUCAUCAAGCUACCGUAUGAGCUGGCCCUCUGUCAAAAUCUGGCUAUUAUGAGCAUCGAAAACUGUCCACUGUCCGCCCUGCCACCAGAAGUCGUCAGCGGAGGUCCGAGCUUGGUCAUACAGUACCUUAAGCUGCACUCGCCCUACCGACAGAUGUGAUUUGUUGGCGCGGAGAGUGGACGCGGAAAUCAAUGUUGGCGCCGGCCUGCUACGUCGUUGAUCACCGGGCAAGUUGGCCACCGUUUUCUUUUGGCGAACUUUUCUGUUUUGCUACGUUGUCAACGGUUUUCAUCCGCAUGGCCGUUGGUUUAGCAUUUUGUUAUACCUCGUGAUCCUCCCCGUUCCGGGGAAAGUUGGGGAUGAUUUUCGCAAUCGCCGUCGUUUGUUCCAAAGGAUCGUUGCUGCAGAAAGGAGCAUUUGCAGGCGUGGGACGAUGUGUUUUUGCUUUUAGUGCUCAUCGAAGUAAAACAAUCCGGUGAAAGUGCAGAGUGUGGAAUGGUUGGUGGCCAUCCCGGCUAACACGGCCGGAGCGAAACAAAGAAAAAGAAAACAAAUUGAAUCAAUGUGAUUAAAAUAAAGCUUUAAUAUUAUUGCUUAUUAAACACGAACGUACCGGCCGCCGCACGGUCACAUGGCCAUGUCAGCCACAGUUCUGCGCUCCCAAUCUUCCCCGAUAGUUCAGCCUUCGACGGCCGACGUGUGUAUGUGCGUGCGAAAGCAUCUAAAACUACCAAUCCACGGACAAAGGACGAUCGGAUGAAUCCUUAUCAGGCACGCUUAAGCCCCGCCGAGUUCGAAUUUGCUCGAAGAUGUUCGCAAAACGGAAAUAAAUUCAUCCAAACAGUAAGACCAAACGGUCUAACAGCAAAGUAAGCUUAGUGAACCGGGAUCGUUUCUGCGACCGCAUCGUGUUGUGUGAUGAACAGAAACCUUCGGAACAUGAGUGCGGAGUGUGUGCGAGCAGUGUGAAGUGUGUGCAUGUUUCGUUGGCCCCUUGCAAGAUACCAUUGGUGGCAUAUACUUAUUAGUGGAUGUUUCGGCGAUUCGGCCUUCUCAACGGCUUCGAGUACAUUUCAUCCGCGUUUUCCUGCUUGGGUCAUAUCCUGGUCAGCACGUUUGACAACGAGGGUGCAAUGGCUUCAAUGUUGAAAAGUGAUCACCGAAGUUUUAAAUCCGAGCUAUAUGCGCAAGAAGUCCAGGCCGUACGGUUCCAACGCUUUCUUGAAACCAUCCAAGUAGUAAUGGAUAUCCUCGUCAUCAUGGAAAAUUGUGCAACAUUCCUUACCAUUUCUAAUUUCAUUUAUAGACGGAGCUCCAACUCUCUAACAUGAUCGGAAUAUAAUUUUUGUAUAGCUUUGUAACGUAGCCGUUAUCUGUAAUCGUUUUCCUCAUAAAAGCCAGACACACGCGCACACUCACUCCGCCGUUCAAAAGAUCCACGGAAAACAGAUCAAAUGCUUGCUUACGUUGUUGACGAAACAGUUCCCGGUCGAUCAUAGUUUUUCCUGUGACCGAGCGUGGGGUAAAACUUUCCUACCAAGAACUAUGCACAAAUGCAAACGAAAUACGUAAAUGUUCCGAAUUGUUCAAUUCGUUGGUGGUUGGCUGAUUAUUUUGCGUUUUAAGUGCCCAACGUUCUGUUGACUGUUUUCUUAGAUUGUCUUAGCACGAUAAUACACAAAAGUGAGAGUUAAUAAUGUCUUGACGGUUCGGCAUUAAUAAAAUAGAGGUGAACCGCAUUUUACAUUGAUUGACGAACUGCAACGAAUUUAUAGCUUUUAAAAGAGAGGGGAAAAAAGAAAAUGGACAACAUUAACACCUAACCCCGAACAAACCCUUACGAAACGCAAACCACAUGUGUAAAAUUUGCUCGUGACACGAGAUACGUUAAAAGUAAAAUAGAAAAUAGAAUAAAAUUCUAUAUCGCUUAUAUUUGGUGACGUUGUUCGACGUUGGGGCGUUCCGCGCCUCUCGGGAAACUAGGUUUAGUUCGGUUCACACUGAGCAGGAAUUGAUACACUAUUCAGUUUGUACCACGUAUCGUUUACGUUUAAAAUAUGUCUAGUCGAAGUUGUACGAAUUUUGCUAUGCAACGCUCACACGCCAUGAUGAAGCGCAUCAAACAAAACCGAAAAUAUUGUAUUUAGACGAACAAGAGCUAGGUCGAAACAUUAGCAGUUGAAACGCAAAAUAUAAAGGUGCAGAUAGGGAGAUAGUAUCAACAGUUACGCACAAAACGUUGGUUCAAAAUUCUGUUGUAUGCAAUAAUAAUGAAUAUUGGGUUUCCGAUCAUCCUGGCACUAGGUGUCCUGUAGGCGAAGAGCACGGCACUUGUGCAAUGAUAUCUCUCUAAAUGGGAAUCGCAAAUAAUUGUCAUUCCUCGAAUAUUCUACAAUUUUAGGGAAACGCUGAAGGCAAAUGUUACGUUCUGGUUAGUUGCAACGGAUCAUAAAGAGAUUACAGUAAAGAGAGACCUUCGUUAAAAUUGACUUAAUUCCCAAGAUACAUGGACAUCACAUGCAAUCUUAGAUUGCUCAAUUGUUUCUCAAUUGAUUGCUCUACGUUCUCCACACUAUACGUUGUAAAACUAAUCUUAAUAUUUUGUUGCCAUUCAAUGCUUUGAAAACUGUUCCUGUGCGCAAAAAAUGAAGAGGAACGAUAGAGGAAAGUUACAAAAAACUAUGAAAAGAGAGAAAACGGAAAGCAGAUGCGGCCUAAAUAUAAAAGUAGUGAAAACAACAGGAAAACAAAAACGAGUGUAACAUUAUAUGAGAGUAGUCCGACAAAACAAAAUCGUAGACAUUAUAAUUAAACGAUUAAAGCUAUGUAAUAUAAAGGAAAUAACUGCAGAAACCUAGAAUAUGAGAUCUAUAUAUUCUUGGUGCGUCCAUAAUUUCAAUGGAAUACAAUGUUGUACAAUAUCAAGAGAAGAUAAUAUGUGUUUCCAAAUAGUAGGAAGCAGUUCGGCAUGAAAAGCAAAUGAAGCUAUCCUCAUUUAUGUUAGACCAGCACGGUUUAUUGAAAAGAAACAAUUAACAGUUUGAACAGUUGCUACUAGGAUGUGUACCCUAGAGAGACUGGAAAUAGAUUAAAAAAGCUUGUAUUUAUCACGAAAACUGGUCCUACUAAGGAUUUCUGCUCACUCGCUCGAUCCCUUCAAUACUUUUGGCACAUACUUUUGGUUGCGGAAACCAUUUUGUUAUUUUGCCACCGCAAACGAACACGUUCUCUUCUACAACGAAACCACAAUGCUCAAAACCGAUACAAGCUGAGUUAUUUAAACCGACACUGUGUAUCGGAAGUUGAAAGUCUAGUGCCAUAAAAGUACACACAUCUGAGGAGCUGAAAACAAGAAAGACGACCAGAUUUCCUUUAAUGUAUUUUUUUUUAAAUAAGCCCUUUACCGCAUUUCAAAUGAUACCUAUAUGAAAAUGAAAUUGUACUAAUCCACUGCCAAAGACUACUGGCCCAGGGUUUAAGAGACAAGCAUUGCGUGCCCAACGUUAGCCAAAUAUCCCCAAAAUGGUGGAUAUAUGUGUACAAACAGAAAUUAGAACUACCGAUGCAAUCCCGUUAACAAUAACUCAUUCGAUUUCCGUUUCAUACACCGUUUUGAAUGUGGUGUCGUUUGUCGGUCGGUCGAUCGCGUUAGGCAUCAAAUUUUCUGAAUGAUUGUUCUUAUUGCGCGAAAGGAAGGUUUACAUUUUACUUGACUUUACUGUUGUAUUCAUUGCUGUUAUGCUUCACUAGUUGACCAGUCUUAGCAAAAGUAUGGAUGUACACCAAGCAAACACUGAGUGUAAAAGUUAUGCCGAACCUGCUGUCGUCGAUGUUGUUGCACGGAAAAAUCCCUUUUGAGCCCAAAGUAUGAUCGUACUUACUCACAAUCAUUAUCGUGGCCCCGGGUAGAGAGUCGUAGCUUCUUGAUGCCAAACCAUUUGCCAAACCAUUUGCCAACCCGGGAAGGACAAUCCGAAUGUUGUAGAGUGCGCGAAUGAAGGCAAUGGUUUGUGUGUGCUUUAGUCAUGUCAAAGUGAAUUGUGAGAUAGUUCGAGAGUACUUCUAUCAACCAACCGGUAGACACAAACCAAAAAACAAUGGUGGAGGCAUCUUAACUAUUCUGUAAAAACGAACAUAGCGACAAGAUACUAGCGAAACAAAUGACGACGGAAAUUAAGAAAUAAGUCUUAAGCAAAUAUAAAAUAAAUACAGCGAAACAAAUGGUUGCAAAUUUAAAAGUUAAGGAAACUUCGGUAGACGUUUAUAUAUAAACUUCGGCAAAGAAGGGGCAUAAUUCUUCGAUAUCAUAAAACUUUUUUUAUUUUAUCGCAUCCGAUUUGAUUGAUUGUGACUAACCAUAAUAAUUACAUCAAAAAUCAUCGAAAAAAAUAGGCCCGAGGAGGAGGAUAUUAUAAAACGUAUCGCUCGGGUGUAUCACAGGCGAUGUACGUUUGUUUGUGGCAAAGUAGAGAUGCAAACGAUAAACAGGGAUGAAACUAUUUUAUUAUUUUAAAAACUUGUCUGUUUAAUGGAUACGGUUGUAGGUAAACGCACACGAGGUGUUAGUGAGAGCAUUGCGAAAUGGGCACGAGUUCUAAAAGGCAAAAGCGCACAGCGAGAAACGAUUAAACGAAGAAAACCAUCCGGAAUGUGGACUAGCAAAGGAAAUUAUUAGCAUCAGAGGCAACUGUUUAGCGACAUUCUUAUGUUAGCUCUCCGGUUUUGUAUUGCUGUUCGAAACGUGGCAGAAACACCAGCACAUUUCGCUCAUUUCCAUCUACAAUAAGCUUGUGUGUUCAUUGUUGGGUUAUUGAUUCCUGCGUGCCAAAAUAAAUUUCAAAGCUGCUCGUUCAAUAUAGAUUGCACUUUCUGGCUUGUGAAGAAACCAAGCAGUGAUAAAAGCGCGAGCGAAAGAAGGAAACACUAAAUGGCUUCCAACUGGGCAGAUAUCGCUGGUUUGUUGAGAAAAGCGCUCGGCGCCUAACACACGCAGUGGUCGGUUGUUGCUCUUAUAAAAUGUCCACUACUGAGCUCACGAAGAAAGAGAAAACGAUGGAGAAUAUAACUACAAGAACGUAACGUACGCACAAACGAUUGAACGAACGAAACAAUGCUAGAUUACGUAUAACAAACCGAUAGGAAAUGGGGAACUAUCUUAUAUGGUGUAAUGCACUUUGAAUUCGGACAUACCGUAUGAGCCGACACAUAUGAAUAUUAUGAGCCUGGUAGAGACAAGAGGAAAACUU